AUGGUCUCUUCGUCAGCAGAAUUCCUGGAGAAACUCAAAGGGGUAAGCCUCCAUCCAAAUGAGGUCAUGGUAUCUUUUGAUGUUACAUCCCUUUUUACUUCUAUUCCCCAGGAUCUGGCGAUCGAGACAAUUGAGCUGCUUCUACAAAGCGGAUACGAUGAAACGGAGAAUCGUCUUGGACGCGUCCAAGUCUUUCAGCUCCUGAAGUUCUGUCUCUGGACGUAGUUCACGUUCGACGAGACAAUCUACGAACAGGUGAAGGGCACACCAGUGGGUUCGCCGAUUUCGGGGACCAUCGCCGAGGCGGUCCUGCAACGGUUAGAGUCGCUGGUCGUCCAACACAACAAACCGAAGUUCUGGGCCCGGUACGUGGAUGAUGCCUUCGUCAUCAUCGCACGGGAUCAAGUGCUGACAUUCAAAGAACAUCUCAGCCCCGUCUUCCCGGACAUAUAAUUUAACAUGGAGGAGGAAGAGAACAACCGGCUGGCCUUCCUAGAUGUCCUCAUAUGCCGCAAAGAUUGUGGUGGACUAAAGAUUAAAGUGUUCAGGAAAACGACAAAUACGAUGCAAGUACUGAACUUCAACAGCAACCAACCAAUCAGACUCAAACGCAGUUGUGUAAGGACGCUCUGUCGGCGUGUUGAAACGCACUGCAGUGAGCCGGAAGACAAGAUUGCCGAACCACAAUAUCUCCGACGGGUCUUCAAAACCAAUGACUACCCGCGCAACUUCGUCAACCGGUGCAUACGUAAAAGGGAUGAAAAGCCUAACCGCACGGACACAAAAGUUUGGCGAGCGAUUCCAUAUGUCAAGAACGGUUCGGAAGCUGUUGGAAGCCUUCUCGCACCACUUGGGGUUGGAGUGGCACACAGACCGGAGGCAACCAUCAGGCGUCAGUUAUUGAAACCGAAAGACCCACUGUCACGGCAAGAAACGUCUGGAGUCGUUUAUCGGAUCAGGUGCAGUUGCGGACAAAGCAACUACGUCGGAGAAACCGGAAGACAACUCCAAACGCGAAUGGCCGAACACGCGGCAGCGGUGCUGAGAAAUGACGCUAGCGCCCAAGUUGCGGCUCAUUCGACGGGUUCCGGCCACGCAUUCAAAUUUGACGAGGCUGAAAUUCUCGCAAGAGGUGACAAUCCCGUGAGCCUGGAGCUGCUUUAGUCGUGGUUUACUGGCCCCCAGUCUAUUAACAAGUGCAAUGAUCUUCCCAUUCCAUACUCGGUGCUGAAACUUCGCCUAGGCGGAGUAAUUGGCCACGCGGGGAGCGCACAGGUGAACACUCUUCCCAUCGUCAGGGUCGGUGCGUCAGAUGGUCGAACAAUCAUCACACCAACAUCCAACGCACGUGAUGAAAUUGCAGCAAUUAACGACGCAAAUGUCGGCCAUCACGCCACGUGCAAUGAUCCCUGAUGAAGGGGGGAGCUGUGAAUAUUCAUAGGUAUGCGGUUGCAUGGCGAUUGCAUCCUAUAAAUACUGCAGCCCCUUAUGCAUGAACCAUCCUUAUCUGCUUUUGUCUCUGAUGAUGGGUUCGAGCAGGAAUCCGAAACGUCAGGCUAAUAAAGCUCUUGUCCCGGCGAUCGUGUCUUCUUCGUCUUCUUCUUCUUCAAGAAAAUAUGCUUCCUCUGACUUCCGCUCAUUAAACUUUCAAAAUAAAACGAUUAGUGAAGGUUUUUGCCAGUGUUUUUAGCUCCCAAUGGAUAACGAUAGGGUGUGGUACCCACAAAUAGAUGGCGACUAUGAAAAUUCGCCCUAAAAUUCAGUGUAACUGUUAACAUCACUCAUUACUCAUCGUUCCCAUCGUUUGAAGUUUCCUUCCCUUCCUGACUCAAUGUAACCUUACCAGUGACGUUUUAUCCAAAGUCCAUCACUUUUUGAAAGUUGAUUUUCGCUUAUUUUUUAGUUAUCGCGCUUACUUUCUUUGCCGAAUGACAGCGCACGGUAAAACUUUAGGCAUAAAUUUAUCUAUUUUCUCUGUCUUCUCGCUCGCCGUCCUGCGUGUUACCUUAUCCGUUAAACCCCCUCUACCACCAUUCGACGUACGACACGGUCCAAUGGCUAGCUGAAGCUAGUCGGGGGUCCUGACGUAGAUGUUAAUGUUCUCACGAACUAACGAGUUAUAUCUCACGAGCCCCUAGCCUUAAAGGCAGCAAGUAAAACUGAACAGUUAAUAAUAUAGAGAUUUUCAACGUUAAGAAGCGUGAGAAAAAGGUUUUGUGCCAAAAAUAGAAGCCCCAACUUCCGGGCUACCCUCACCGACCAUUUGGAUGUCAGUCAUCUGAUGUCACCAAUUUGGUCGGCUGUUGUAAGUCACCUGCCACUUAAGAGGACUUGGGGGUGGGGCACCGCCGGCUGUGGCAAACCACACGCCCAUUCCAACCCUACCCCUCAGGCCCCCCCCCCUCAAUGUCGUCACCUUCCCUGCCUGACGUGCGAAGUCGGACACUAGUCUUCCUGGCCCUUAUUUUUCCAACGUCGACAGAGGCGGGGGGGGGCGUGGGGUGCUGGAUUUUCAACAAGGGUUUCUGUCUCGUCAGAUAGUUGCCGUCUUCGCGCUCGGGUUUGACAAUACCUGAGCUGACCAAACAGAAGUUCCCCAGUAGUGUCAGGAAACAUAGUUUAGAUCAGGCAGUCGAGCAAUGAACUUCGGUUGUUUUCGUGCCGACUGGAACUUCAGACUUACAGUAGAUGUGUUAACUCAUGCAAUGAUAGCCGAAAUUUUGAAAUGCGUUUUCGCCUCAAAAAGAUUACUUAAGUAGGGUCGUAAAAUUAAUCACCCUGCAGCAUAAUCCCAUGAUAAUUUAGUUUCUUCAGGAUGCCGGCUUUCGAACGAACUUCCUUCUGACCGCCGGCAAAAAUUACGAUCGGUAAAAAGUGACUACUUACGAAGUACGCCAUUUUCUCGCUUAUUUUCGACGCCCUUAUAAAUUAACUUAUAUUUCUUGGCAAGCAUGCAAAAAAUAUUCAUUCUUAUACUCAAUUUCGAUCGUUCUCUCACGUGCAACCGCCGCGAGCACAUCUGAGAUUCUAUGUAAGUGGUGCUGACCAAUCAUGGGCGUGUAGUUCUGACAGGAGCUCAGAUUUAGGGCCAUCACGGGCGGCUGAUCGACAAGAAGUUAGGAUGUUUUAUCGAUAAAAAUAAAAUCAACCGAGAUCGCCGCUUCUGGUGUAGUUGUCGUCGCCAUAACGUCGGGCCAGUAUGCACCACUGCCUCGUGAGUAUGAAUGUUCUCGAUCACAGCCGACAGGGUGUACGGAUGUGCACAGAAUGAACAUGGGUUCAAAAUAGGAGUAGUGUUAUGUCUGGCGGACGACUGCGAAAAGAUCGGAAGCGGAGAUUCAAACCUCAGCUCCCUCUAUCGAGACUGGUCAGAGACCUUCAAGCUCCUCAAAAAAUCCACUAUUGAUUAAGCGAACUGGUUCUUCUGGUUCUUCUGUGCGGACAUCUGCUAUGUCACAUCAGUCGACACCUUUACGGUCGUCGCGUCCUCCAUAAGGUGGGUACAGCAUCAGUGGCUUGUGCGUAGAUGGGGCAGACUUGCACGGCAUCUACCGCCCUCUGUCCCCUCCCUCACCCGCCUGGUUGCGAUGACAGCAUAAGGCUGAGACAAACCAGGGCUUGGGCUCAGACCCAGUGGAUGACAAGACCAAACGAUCCGUCUACGCGUGCCACACACAUGACCUGGUCCGUAGACACGUACUUGACUUCUGCAAAGGCGGCUCCGUUCUUACAUGCAUGAGAGUGGCGCGAUGGUCGCAUUAUUAAGGAGCCAUUGCAGUCAGAUUGUCAGUCCUGCGACGGAUCGAGUUAUACCGUCACUUGGCAACCUUCCGAGUCACGACCUCCGGUGCGUCUUGACAGAUUCAAACGAGUCCCUCUUCCUUCUCACAUUCAAUAGUUCAUUUUCCGAGCCCGUCGACCACUUAGUAAUGGGAGUGAUUGCAGUGGCUAACGUCGCACAAACACCUAUGUUUGGGGCGUGCCACACGUGCAGAAUCCACGCCCCUGAAAGACACGUGACGUGAUCCUGGCUGACGCCCCGUUCUGGUCCGGUGUCUCUUCAGCGUGACGUGUUAGGGUGAGGGAGGGAUACGCCGUACCAAUCACUGUACUUUUCACUCGCUAAGCGUCUUUUCGCAAGUGCGCAUGCAUGUUCCAUGCUCCCUUCUUAGCCAUUUUGGAGUGUUAAAAGAUCAAAGCUCGGAAGCGACAAAGAAGAAUUUUGGCCUGCAGUAGGUGACCUAAUUCAUGAAAUUUCGCGAUCGACAUUUGAGACGGCAGUAACACAUACAUUUGGUGUGCUUAUUUUCGUUUACUGAAUUGAUUUGGGGCGCAGAAAGAAAAAUUCAUUUCAAGUCUUUUCAUGGAGGGAAAACAGGUCAACAUUAGGCGAAAUCGAACGUUUACCGAUAUCAAAGUCACUUCCUACGUUGUUUUUGCCCGUCGUGCUAUAAAGAAACCCGGACAGGUCUGCAGGCAAGCAAGACAGUGAUUUUGUCCGUCGUACACUAAAAACUUGUCUCCAUAUGCCACAUUAAGGCUAUUCACACGGAAUGUUUUUCAAUGUUUCCUCUGCGUUCAAGUAGGAAACGAAUAGAAUAAUCCAGCCUUCAUCAGCAAAACGCCAUGACAAAGUCAUUUUUAAGUAAGAAACUUAUUUAAGGACGUUUUUUGCUUGACUAAAAAAAUUGACUACAGACUUUUAUUCUCUCAAGGCCUUACUUUUGUGAUGAAGAAUUAUUUGUAGACAAGCCUCCGAAUUCGGCCUAGGUAGUCAUAUGUGGGAAGAAUCACCCAUGAGGAAACAUUGAAUCGACGACAACUUUCAAUAACUGCCAACGCCUGAUGGUUUGGAUGGCCAUCAAAUUCGGAGAGCGGUCGACCUGACGGUCAACAGCAAGACCCAUCCAUAGCUAGGCGUUCAUUGAUAUUGUAAAGGAUGUCUUCAGUUACAACGGCAUUCAUCAACGUCAAAUGGACACUGUAAUUUUGCAGGAUAAUGCCCCUGUUCGCCGUACAGAGGAGUUAUGAUUCUAAUUUAGCUCUUGACUAAUUUAACUUCUGGACCACAACCAGGUUUUCCACCUGCGACCGACAGUCCUGACCCCGGCCCCAUCGACAAUCAUUUUGCGCUAUUCAGAAGACAUUAGGACAAAGCACGAAAAGACCUUGCUUUUCAGCAAAAGCUGGAUUUCGUGCUUAAUAAUUGUAUAGACCAAACCACCAUAAACAACUUAGUAGUCUCUAUGCCCCGCCGACUUACCGCAAUUAAAAAAUCAAAAGGGCAGUCAAACCAUGGCUAAUACGCUGCGUUUGGUAUCGUCAAUCAUCAUUAUUUUGUCGUUGCAUUCCAUUUUCCUUCUCUGCUUUCAGUUAUGUUCGGUCUCAAGUAAUUGGCCUGUCAGUAGGUCGUUUUUUUUUUGAUUGGAUGGUUUCCGACAGAAUAAAUUAUUUCUUAGUCAAUAAAUAAUACUUUACACAGCAAACUUUACUUUCUUCUGAGGAACGGUCAUUUCUUUAGCGCAGUAUAACUUUCGGGAAUACAGGUUGGACGGUCCGUGAGCUAGAGGGCGUUUUUUGAACUCAGUUCGUGACCUUUCUUCUGAAAGGUCAUCGAAGUAUUCUGAGCGCGAUCUGGAGAGGCCUUGCAGACGUGUCUGGUUUGGUUGACGAAACUACGGACGCCCAAAAAUCAAAAUGGGGAGCACUGGCAUAAGGGAGGUUUGAAAAUUCUUGAUGAAUUUAGGACUUGUCUGGAAUUCUGCCCUUCUCAUCUGAACUGCCUUUUGCUCUGAGAACAGUGGACUAUGCUGAUUGUUCCGUUAGUUUGCACGGCGACCUGUUUUACAGCAAGCGAACAAACUACUAAUUAGUCAAACGCUCGGUCACUUGCGAACCAGUCGCGCAGAGAGACGGCCGAACCAGUACCUGGAGCACCAACAUACAGCCAGCACACCCCCCUCGGCAUAUUCAGUCAUCGCGUGGACCUUUUCGGCCACAUGCGCAAACAUGAACAUUUGUCACUGAACACCGUCGGUCAAAUCCCAUCUUCUCACAAGCGCAUACGCCAGACACGAACCGCUCCCUCAUCGCCAUCACAAUCACGGAAUGGGCACUGUUAUGGAGAGUGCAAGCGGCGUAGAGCCACAGCCUAAGACGCUGAACAGGGGACCAAGCCGGCGGCGUGAGACACGUGUGAAGUUAGACGGCCGACCGGUGUGCUCUGCAGUGCCGAGCACGUGUGGUGACUUUGCUCACGUGCGCAGCCCAAUCAACGGCUGGUCGAACAUUCCAGACAUUUGCGCGGGGGGGGGCUAUCGCGCACGCGGCGGCCAAUCAGCGACCAGCACGCCCGGGGCAGGAGCAUUCUAGAAUGCCCUCAACGGCUAACACGUCAUUGGACGGAAUGUUCCAGAACGCACAGGAGCCAGUAUAAAUAGCGCAUCUUCCUUAUGAGUUGGAACCCCUCGUGUCCGCAAGUUGCCAAUAAAAUGCUUGUCCUCCGAACCGGCUCUCUUCCUGUCCUGUCAUAACAGGCACCUCUCACGCAAAUGGGAACCUUACUCUUUGGCUUCUUCUCCUUGUGGCCCCUCUGCUACUCUAACGCAUAUGCGGUCCGAAUGGUCCAGCCCACCCCUCUGUGAAAUCCUGGCGUUCUGUGUGUGGCACGCGUAGACGGACCGUUUCCAACUCUGUCAGCCAUCUCUCCUAAUCGUAGCACCAGUUGACUCAGACCGGCUCAGAAAAUCUACCUGUGAGGGGGAAUAGAGAGGGAGGUCGAUUCCCUCACCUCGUUUGCCCGACUAAAAACAGUCCGACGCGUUUGAAGAGCUGUCACGGUGCGCUAGAAGCCGUGGCUUGGAAGGCUCGUAGCGGACAGUUAUCAUGACCGGUCUGACGUCCUUGUUCAGGACCUCGCUGUCUCAAGGUCAUCCACCCUUUUGUAGUGAGCCGUUCCAGGCGCGCUGACCUGAAGUCACACGACCGACAGCUCGGGCACACCUGCGUCCGCACAGCCGCAGCUGCCCAUGCGGCCACUCGAACACGCCACCCUUUUGUAACCACAACCUAAGCCACUGGGACACCACCCCUCGGCAAAUGCAACACACACUGACUGGACACCAAUUGAGCUUGGCCCACGAGCCUACAAAAGCGGCUGCCACCACUGUGUCAGUGACUCCCAGACAUGACUGGACGCAAUCAACACCAGCCCCGGCUUUGCCGCUGGCCACUGUCGCCUGAGAGGGCAACUCCGGGUUCUGUGCACAAUAAACCCCUCAUUCUGGUGCCUUUUGUCUUCUCCCCUACAACAUUAGGAUUUGACCUGAUUAUGGUGGCGUUCAGACUACACGCUCACACCGCUUGAACACAACAGGCUGCCAACUAAUUGUAAUGGCUCCUUCUUGAUGAGGAGGCAUUUAUGGCACUCCCACGCAGUUGGAAUCCGAGUUGUCUUCCGUUUUCUUGUUGCGUGAAAUCUUAGUUCCUUGUGCGCUGUCCAGGGAGUGUGGUUGUACACCUAGGUGCGAGCUCACGCCGCGUUAGCCACCUGAGUCCCAUCUCGCCGCCUCCGACCUUUCUGAGUGCACCCAGGUGGGGGGAGGAUGAAAGAGUGAGUUAGAUGCAGAGCAAACCCACUAUCACGCGUAAAUCACCGUCCCUGUACCCACCCUACGCUGAGGCGGACGGUGAAGAUUGAUGGAAACGACGGUCAAACUGCCAGUUUGGGACCUGUCUUAUUUCGACUCGCAGAUCCUCCAGUGCCACCGUGGUUGCACCUGAGCGUCACUUUUGGACGAGCUGUUUUUUUGCUUAUUUGACUUUUUAUAGAUGUUUUGGCAGAUUUUGAAUUAUGUAUUUUGACCCAACUGUGAAGAACUCGACGACCUUGUUGGGAGACUAAGUACAGUCAACGCUUUAGCCACCAGAGCUACGAGGCCCCACUGGGAGCCGGGAAUUCGAUUAUGUCAAGUUUACCCGCCCAGCCUACCGCGACGGUUAGAGUAAGCGUUGUCCAUGAAAGAUUGUCUAAUUAAUCCACCUACUAAGUACGUGAGUCUGGUAGUCAUCUCGUGGAUUCUAGGUGAAUUACUUAGGAAAUCCUGCCUGGGCAGUCAGUUUACUGCAUCAGAUUUGGUGGAUUCCAGACGUUGCAGUAGGUUGGGCGGGUAAAUUGACCCAAAUGUGAUUAAAAUCGCGUCGUCCGGCGGGGCCUCGUAGCUCAAGUGGUUAGAGCGUUGGCUGUACUUAAGCCUCCCCCUUACUGCGUGGGUUCGAAUCCCACCGAGGCGCCGAGUUUUUCACAGUUGGGUCAAUAUGAAUUAUUCAAAAUCUGCCCAAACAUCUAUGAAUUACGUAAGCCUAGUAGUCAUCUGGUGCAUUCCAGAUGAAUUACUUAGGAAAUCCUGCCUGAGCAGUCAGUUUACUGCAUCAGAUUUGGUGGAUUCCAGACGUUGCAGUAGGCUGGGCAGUUAAACUUGACUUGAUUAAAUUCGCGGCUGCCAGUGGGACCUCAUAGCUCAGGUGUCUAGAGCGUUGGCUGUACUAAAGAAUUCAACUUGCUAUCUUUGGUUCAAAUACCACCGAGGCGCCGAGUUUUCAACACAUUUGUCAGAUCAGAUCAGAUCAGAUCAGAUUUAUUAAGGGAAAGGUAGGCGAGCGCCUCUGAACUCCCUUUUGGUUACAAUAACGUCAUAAAAAAUACAGUGUGUAAGGCAAGUGUCAAAGAAAAUUACGUAAGUAAUUACAUACAACAAACACUGGUCACUGGUAUAAAUUUGCCUGUGAAUGCUUUCUAUGUCAAAAUUGUACAAUAACCAGUACGGUACUGAAUGGACCAAGUAGUAUCGAAGCAUAUGCGCUUGCAAAAUCUACACCUUUAGCUUCGAAAUUCCUUACAUUUCGUACAUAUCUGGCAACAAUUCCUAUAAUUUUACUUGCUGGAUAGAAGGAUGUCUGUACUAAAGCAUUCUCCUUGUUGUCGUGGGUUCGAGACCCACCGAAGUCGUCGAGUUUUUCACAGUUUGGCAAAAGAAAAUUGUUUAACUUUACCGGCCGACCAUACCCUAACUGGAUGCCCAAAAGUCCUUGGAUUGGAACCUGGGGGGUGAGGCUGUUUUGAAAUCCAACGCUCUAUCGCAUGCGGCUAAUGGUCAGUGAUCUGACCUGAUUGCAGUAGGCGACGUAGGAGGCUGUUUAAAUUACUUGUAGCGCUACCACGGCCCAUUUCACGUUAGUCAGCACCGUUUGUUCGCAGAUGUUAGAAGCACUGUCGGUAUCUGGGUUACUUCGUGGCACUUGGCGCGAACGUCUCCACAACGCAUACCUUCCUUCUUCCGUUCCCACUCACAGGGGGUGGCGAAACGUGUUUCUGCCUGUUUGCAGGUUACUUUACUCCGUGAUCUGACAUCCGGGGCCGAGAAAGGGGACAGGCUGAGGUAUAGACUCUGGUUGGAACCCGUUUCUUACGCGUGUGCUCAUAGCGAGGUCGCAGGCUCUCAAAACCACUCAUAAAUCAAGACGAUUAACUUACAUCCUGUUUAUCAUUCAUGAGCAGUGAGAAGUCACAAGGUCCAGAAAAUUCCGCACAUAAAGCAGAAUAUGGCUAAUCACGUUAGCAUAAAAUAAAUGUGCUUGCUUGUUUGAUAGACGGACUACCGGGGAUUGACAGGAGGUUUUAGGUCGAUCAAGCAGUUUGCACAAUUAUCUGGAGGUAGAAGGGGGAACCACUAGGUAGGAGCUUUCUCGACUGUAUCUGAGUAGCUUCACUCACCCAUAGGUUGUUUUUUUGUCGUAUCGCACGUAUAGUUUUAGACUUGGUCAUGUCGACUGGCGGUGAUCAGCUCUGGCUGCUUGGUUUCGCAUUUAAUUUCACAUAGCAUUGUUGCAGGCUAGUCUUCAGUCUUUCCAUAGCGAACGAAAGGACAAAUGUUAGCUUCAGCCAAUCACCGAACGGAAAAUUAGCAGUGGGUGCAUACGGUGAGGUUCUGGUUGCCUCCCAUCUGGUAGACCUGAACUAAAGCAUUCGAAGUGAAACACUACCUUGAGAGGCAGAAAUCACAGAAUAACGACACUGCUUCUUAGUGUGGGCAGACUAUCUGCCAAAGGUAUAACAUUUUUCUAGCAAAAUUGCCAGGCAACGAUCGGGAGAAGGCCCUCAAACACACACGACCAGCCAAAGGUGUCAGUCUCACGGGAAAUAUGGUGAUGGGGAUUUUACGGGCGGGGCCUAUGUAGGCAUACAGGAACGGCUAAAUAAGUAUAGAUAAUUAGUAAAUUUGUUUUUCGGUCAGAAAAGUUUUCAUGUAACAACCAAAAUUAAGCAGGACAAUUAAAAAAAUAAACACUAAGUGUCUACAACGAUGACUUCUCAACUCUCUGAGCUGAAGCCGUUGUAGAUAAUGCGCCAAGCCGUCUACAACAGACGACCCAACUUUUUACGAUGAAACAUCAAACGGAAAUAAUCGUGUCCGACCUAAAUCCACUUCAAUAAGUAGGUAUUGUUUGCAUGCCACAGAUGUUUGGAGACCUCAACCCGAUCCGUACCCAUUGCCAUUUGGCCUAACAGAAAGUUAAAGUGGACAGCAAUAGGAUGCAUUAUCAAGAAAUGAUAAAUUUUGCAAAGUAGUAUUGACAAUGUAAACGUCAAACAGAUACCAGUUGCUCAAAAAGUUACUACCUGAAAAUGGAGCCAGAGACGAUACUGGAUUUUGUCCGCAUGUUCCUAUUUGUGAACGCUUGCGGGUUCAUCUGACCAAUGACCUCACAGAAGACACUGUAAUUGUCCUAGUAUAACAUAAGAGAUAUGCUUCCACCUCUUUGAGCCGGAAUAAAUGCCACUGCAAACAAUUCCAGAACAUACAAGUAACCAAGAAGAUCAGAAAGAAACGGGCACGCGCUCGCAACACUUUGCAUCACCACCGGUGAUUAAUGGCAAAAUAUUUGCAGUUCAUGGGCUUUUAAUCUUAUUGCACAUUUGAUAUUUCGAUCUCAUACUGUCAGGUUUUUUCUCGCACCUCUGCAAUAACAACUGAUCUCCAUACCCACAAACUCCACUAAAUUUAACAAACCCUAACCCCAUUGUAUGUCUUAGCCUAUUUUCUCAUAGAAUUGAUCGGCCAAAUCGGGAAAAACCAUCUCCUGCUUGCUCACAACUCUGGACUUUAAUCAGACCGACCUAAACUGGAAGUGAACACAAAUAUCCGAGGCAACCUCCUUGAUUCGAUCGACAGUCUAUUUUUUAAUUUGUUGGGUGGACUUACCGUGCAAAUAACCAGAUUUCUGCUUCCACUACGAACAGUUAUUCAGAUCGGCUGCCAUCACAUGUACGCCAUCGUAAGCCAUUUCAAAAUAUGGGCACCAAACUGUCCGGAUGCAUGAUGUGCAGUCGCCAUCAACGACAUCUUGCAGACGUACGCGUCUGGCCCAGUGCUCUGUAACGCCGGCUAUAGGUUUGGAAUUUCCAUCAGCAGACUACAUCCUUGUCUGCUCGGCAACACUUCUGCAGAACCAUCACUGGCCCUAUCGACAAUAAUAUGAACUCAAUUCCCACCUGUCACAAUUGCAAGGGCAUUUUCUCAUCACACAUAGGCGUGGUCGGUCAUUUGUGGCACGGACCCAGGUGGGGGAGGUGCGGCAGAUGCAGCGCAAGUCCGUCGGCUUUGCUCUUACCCCGAUGUGGAAUACCCGGUGGAAAUCAUCAGUCACGACUGUCAAAAUGUCGUAGGUCGAGUGAAUAGCUUGAGGAUUGGAAACCGGACUGCAAUUACUCCCUCUUAAUGCGGUCUUCGUGGAAUUCUCAAGAACGUGAGAUCGGAGUCCUCCUUUCUGUCAAAACCUGGUACAUUGUACGAGAACCAUGUCGUGUGUGUGGCACGCGUAGUCAGGCUGUUUAGUUUUGUCAGCCACCGCGUCCGAGCCCGCCUGCGGUUGUCCUGACUUUGCUGACUUUGCCGCUGUGUGCAGGCGGAUGAGGAAGGAGCGGAUGCGGAAGGUUGCGCGCAAGUAAGUCUCAUCAUAAAAUAAUUUCCGUACAGGUCACCGGAACUGCUCCCAUUGCCGGGGAGAGGGGAAUAAGAGGGAAGUCGUAAGUAGCAACGGUCGAGCAGCCAUUCAUUCACGCCAAAAAGGGCAGGUAAACUGUCCUAAAGAUGUGAAGAAGAAGAAGAAGAAGAAGAAGAAGAAGAAGAAGAAGAAGAAGAAGAUAGGCUCCCCGGAACAGGCUUAUUUAAGUGCUGACGUUUCAAAGAGCUGGGUCGGCUCUCCAUUGUCAAAGCAUAAAAUGCACUUAAUCGAUCAGAAAUUUAAUUUAAAGUGGCCUGUUGUGUUGGUCGGCCUCAUGCUGAUCGAUUUUUUUCUCCUUUCGCUGCCUCGGCCGUCUCUUGGAGAUGGUUGACGGGCGUUUUGCCUGCAUGGUUUGUGAAUCACCACUCCGUCGGGGGAAGCUAAUUGAACCUUUGUCAGGCGGUCGGUCUGGCUGUUCUUGUUCUCCUUCACCGAGUACCUUCGCCGCCGUCUGUGUCCGUACGGCCUUCUUAAGUCCGCUGUGGUUGUUUGGUCCUGAGCUCUACGAUUGUGAUGACGUAGAACUUUGUAAGCUGUAGGAAGAUCCAGAUGUCUGUUGAUGGAGUAGGCAUCGGAGAACCACGCCUCGAGAGGUAGCCGUUCUGCUUUUGUGUUGCCUCGACCUAAGAUGGUAGCCCUUGUGGAGGUCAAAAGUAUGCCCUGUUUCGCCAACGUGUGUUGCUAGUUGAGAGUUAGAGUCCAACCUCCGUGUGGCCGAUUUGUGCUCUUGUAGGCGAGUUUGCAAUUUCCGCCCGGUCCUAAAGAUUAUUUGUUCUGUCCCUCUGGUCAACUUACAAGGGUCACCUAGGUUCCUAUCUGCAAUCGAUUGGUGCUAAAUAGAAAUGAUAUCAACACUCUUCUGCUAGAACGACUUCAUUCCCUCUGACCGUUCGAAAUAGCCUUUAUCUUUUAGAUACUUCAGCAUUCAACUACCCGAAAAGAGGGUAGACCCUCAUCGACCGCGAACGCUCCCCCGGCCCCAAGCACACAGGUAGGAGUCGUCACUCUUGUGGAUGCCGAUUCAAGGAAGUGACAACAUGACACCUUCUUCCGGAGCAGUUCCGAUUAAAAAGAACGGCGCGAUGUUAUAGGCAAAUCCACUAUCGGCAACGGUAUUGCCCAAAUGACGAAUUGCAUUCCUGAAAGGAAUCAAGUGUUGUCGUCAGCGUUUAAAUUCCAACCACAGCAAUGCCUUAUGGCGUGGAGAGCAAAGUGCCUAAGAAAACUGUCUUCCUUUUGCGGACCUACUGAAAAUGGGAGACUUCAUUGACCUCGGGGACUUCAAGACGCCAUUAGCCUUAUUUAAGCCACUUAAGCUGUGUGCUCGAUUGUCAUGGGGUCGUCAGUCAUAGCGGACUUCUCCCUCUAGGGAUCGGAAUAUAAGAGGACAACCGUUUCGACUCUCUCGAGCGAUGAUGUCUACUGUGUGUCUCACAACUUGGUAGACACAGUAGGGUGACUUGUGUGGGAAUUAAUAUGUGCUGAUAGAAGACUUACGCUGCAUCUGCUGCGCUCCCUCCCCCCCUCCCCCCACCCACCUAGGCCUCGUGGAAAGACAGCGUCAGGACGAUCGGGGGGGGGGGCGAGCUAAAACGCAGUGUCCGGCAAAGCCAAACACCCCGUCCGUGCGUGAAAACACGAUCUGGUUCUGCAACAUGUACUAGGCUCCUGAUAGGACUGGUCGGCUCUCACGUGCCAUAGAAUUCCGGCUCAGAAUCCGUCUUGAAAGUCCCAUUUGACCCAAUCAGCUUCCCACUUUAAGACAUGAUGCAGUAUGUGACCUUUCUCAUGCAAUCUGAUAACGGAAACCGAUGCGAGAAUUUCCGGACGUCUUUAACGUUGCACAUUUUGUUCGCUCAUCCACUUCCUUCAAUAAAAUGUCCUUUUCUUGCUUACGUAAGUGUACCAAGUAAAGUGUCAGAAAAUUUUGACAAAAAUGGACGUUGGAAUAUUUUCGUGCAAUUUCCUAUGCUACUGCAUGUCCUAGACUUUGGUUGCGCAUCUGAGAGACUUUUUCAUUGAAAGGAUAGUAAUUUACCCCCGAGAGUUCUAAUAGACAGAUGUAGCCGAACUUGGAAAUUUAUUUUAUGUCCGAUGUUAACCGUGGUAAUCAACCUGCUAACACAAAGUAUUCAACGACAUUUCGAGACCGAUCUGAAACUCAACUUAAUGUAAAACGAACGAAAAGUGUAAAUUAGUUUAACGGAAGAAAAGUUCUCUCCAUAAACACAAAAUGGUGUGCUUACGAUCACGCCUGUCAGUUCUAUUUAAAUUUAUUAGACACCAACCGGCCUCAGGCAUGUCACCUUAUGAAAACGUUUGUUACUACGACGUCCCCAUCGGUGAAAUCAAGCAAAAUCCAGUUUCUCUUGUUGGACCGCAUCUCAUUUACUUCAAAAGAUCCAAGGAUAACACGAAAGCCUGGAAAACUGUUUUGGAAUCUGCACUCAGAAUGUAGGCAGUUGACAAACCGUCAUAUACAAAACCACGCUACUUAUUAAACGAUAUUUAGAUGUAAACUUUAGUAAAACACUAUUAUUAGACGCUAUUUUUACUUUCAUAUUUACUACGUUUUUGGUAUGAGAAUACACUCUCUAGACCUAAAAACGAAGUUUACUAAAUUAGAGCCAUUUCUGAUGCUUUCGGGAUAUUGAGCUUUUCAAAAUAAAUCGGCAUUUCUAAACAACGCAACACUCCCUUUAAUAUUUCUUUUAUGUUUUUAGUUCUUUUAAACUUGUACUUAAUUAACAUAGACAUUGGACUCGAGAAAUGGUGUCGGUUUGUGUGUGAUUGGAAAUCAUUCGUAAAUUUCGACACAUUUAAUGAGUAAGGUCAUUAACUGUAGACUCAAGUGUCAGUCAGAUUUAUUAUAGUACGGAAUGUGCGGAUUUGCCGUGGAGAUGGAUCCUCUGUCUCCUGUACAUCAGUCGGCUCUCCGGGCCUGUCAACAAUCUGCACUGGGUGCAGCGGCUGCUACAGCUUGCAGCCUGGGUGUCCCGCCACACCCCAUGUGUGAGGCAGUAGUUGCGGAACCUGCGCAACCGGAUUAACGCGCGCCGUGACCCCCGUUUCGGACAUGCGCGUCCACAACGUGAUUCAUUGUGAGAACAUCCCCUCCCCCCCCCUUAUCACAAACAACGUCUUUUCUUCCUUCAUCUGUGAGAAGGUAACAUGAAAGUACCCAGGCUCGCUUGAUAAUCAAAGACUAAUUUACGCGGUUGUUAUGUGGCGUUCAUUGAAACGUGUUAAUAGCAGAUGCGAUGUGGGGUGGCGAACGGUGGGUCCACUCAUCUUGCAACUGUAUCGCUAAAACAAAAUUUGCUGGAACUAGAUACUUCACUGUUUAACGAGGCAGAACGCAGGUUAGACCUUGCCUCUAGGCUAAAUAACAGAGUGAAUAAAAUACUGAAAAUAACUGAACCAGCCUGUGCAGCGUGCGUUGUAGCAAGGCUUCGAGGUAACUGGACUUACCUUUUAGUAAUAUCACGUGAUCUAGCACCUAGCCCGCAAGUAAGGUCAUGUGCAUUGAUGAACUUUAACGACUCUGCAAGCAUCACCGGUGAACGCGAUGAACUCGUGAAAAUCAUGGAGGCAACAAGCUACUGAAAAUCCACCUAAAAUAUUCUCCUCCCAGACUGCCUGACGACCCACAGGAAAGCAUCACAGGAAAGCAUCACCGUCGACGAAUAUAUUUUCAGGCACGGUAAAUAGAGGGGCUUAUGAGUUUGUGGACAACUUUUGGUCUUGUAGGUCUACUUUUCAACUAAAUGGAAGAUUUGCUGGCGUAUUAGCCCGGCUAACAUGCUACGCAUCCGAUGACGUCGGAAAAGCGAUACUUUGCGUGGGGUGUCAGUGUACGAGGCCAAAGGUGCACAGGCGUCCUUCCAGACCAGUCUAGGGGUUGACUAAACCCCUAGUCAUGGCCGCCAUCCGAUGCCUGAACUUUCUCGAUCGAUAGUGAGUGCGCUGUGUUCUGCGGGAGAGCAUCUACGCCAAUUGAAGAGAGCUGCGUUCUAAGGAAGAAGGAGAAGAAGAAGAAGAAGAAGAAGAAGAAGAAGAAGAAGAAGAAGGAGGAGGAGGAGGAAGAAGAGGAGGAGGAGGAGGAGGAAGCUGAAUUUCUUGUCGUCCAUAAUUCUAAUAGGGCAUUCCAGGCGCCGCCCCUGGCUCGAUAA